AUGUUCGGACAAGCAGACCGUCCCGAUCUUCCAACCACACAGUCAGAACCCAGAUUCCCACCGCGUCACCCGGUAUCCUAUUCCGUAGCAGCACCCUCGGGGCGAGGUAGCUCCAAGGACAACACAUCAUGGGGAAUACGGCUUAACAAGAAGCACCAACGCGGCCGGGGGGUGCUGCAUCCCCAGCCCCACACAACCUAUGCUCCUCUGCAUGCACAGUCAUUCUCACCACUACCUUCCCCGACGACAGCUCCAUUGGAUCGCAAGCCUCUGCCCGCUGCCCCAAAUCAGCGACUGCUCUCGCCUCCCACGGCGGAAGAUCCGGCGUUUGCUGCACCGGUUGCACCGCCAUACACACCACUGCCGGCCAUCAGCCCGGUCCCGGCACCGGCGCCAAGAUCCCCUGAUGAAUCAGGAGAGGAAAGCGACGGCUAUGGAUUUCCACCUUGCGCUAAUGAUGAUCCAAAUGCAGACCAACCGACUGCUUCGGCCCUGGGCCAUGGCACGCCGUCGGACUGGGAGCACUUGGGUAGCCCGGCCCAAGAAGAGUUCGACGACCGGCCGUGGUUUCCCCCCAGGAGCGGGCUUGAAACGCCAACAGGAUCUCAAGACACAGUCCUGACGCCUCCGGGGUACUCCACGGGUCUGCCAGGCACAGGUCGUCAUUCCGUCAUUCCUGUGCCACAUGUGCUCCGCAAAGACUCUUUCAGAAGCCCUAUCUCCGAGAUGGAUUCCAUCUCGCAACACCACUUUUCUUAUUCUCCCGUCUCUCCAGCCACUGUGAAUAGCAAGCAGGAGUCUUCGUUCCCACCGGUUCCAUCGAUACGAAUAAACACUAGUGCUCCCUCAUCACACAGCCCCGAGCCCUCCAUAUCCACGGACAGAGGAAGGUCAAAAAGCAUCGACGGGAUCAUCGAGGCAUGGAUUCAGCCAAUUACGGCAAUCGCGGAAUUUCCAAACCCCGAUUCGGCCAGCUUGCGACAGCAGGAGGAUCAGCUGACUCCGGUAAAUGAACGGAGCCCCGUUGAGUUGCCAGCAGAGACGAGGGAGUCAGAAGAAGAUCCACCGUUUUUCGAGAAGAAUGUGCAAGCGGAUCUCGAAAUCACUCAAUUGAUAGAAGAACAGAGCAACGCAGCCUUGGUAAAGGAUAUAGACCCUCACAAGGAUCUUGAUCCCUGGCUCAGGUCUUCCCUCACACGCUAUGUGGCUAUGCUACACAAAGAGGCGACCGCCGACUCGGAUCAGGAGAGAUUCGAUAUUUUCGCGGCUUUCAUGGCAAAGGAGACAAAGCUUCGGGAGAUUCUCUACAGUAUCGACAACGUACCACAAGCUGGGCCGAUGGUUCCGCAACUCACUGUGCGAAGCCAAACGUUACCACCUACAACUGAUCCCAAGUUCGGCUCCGUCCAAUGGCGCGAUCCUGUCUCCCCUACAGCGGCGGAAGACGACGAAUAUGACCCAGAAGGCGAAGAAAGUGAAUAUAGCUCAGGAGGGCGGCCGAUCCUCGCCAAGAGAGCUCGUCACACUUCAAACGCUGUCGUGAGAGUGUCUUCCAUUGUGGCGGAUAGAGAGCCCAGGAACACCUCUCGGCGGUCUAGCUCUGUUCCGGCCUCACUGGAUGGGUUGCGAGCUGAACUAGGCUUCAGCCCUCUAGUCACGAACCCUCCGCAGCCCAUUUAUACGCCAUACCGGUACAUUGAGGGACCUCAACGAGGCUCAGAUAACUUGACCUUUGAUCGGCCGGCGUACCAAGGCUAUAAUGAUCAGUGGCGACAGUCCGCUAUGGGUGGUCGAGUCAUGUCAGUUUCAGGGCAUACUCGCGGGAGGUCCCAAUCUUUGGCUUCUCCCGAGGAACUCAGAAGACAAGAGGAAGAUUUCCUGGGGGCUAUCCGCCAAAGAAGCAGCGCUUACCACACAUUGUCACGACCCACCCCUACGUCUCCUACACACCUACCCGAAUCUUUGCACAGAGGCUGGCCUCAAAAUCCCAUCGAAGAUCUACGGUACAUGGUCUGGGCGCCUAUGGACAGACAGGCCGAAAGUUCAUGGUACAUAACAACAAAAGAGGAACUGAACGCAAUUCCCGAUGACUUUACGUACAUCCAAAAGAUCAUCCAGACCUGGGAAUCAUCCUCGUUGGCUCGUCGAAAGAGGCUGGACCGGAAACGCAUGAAGCGCCAAGAUCGUGCGCAGAGGCACGUUGAUAGCCUCUUGAAUAAAAAAGUAAUCGGACACGCGGAUAUCAAUACGAGGGAAGAAGAUUUCCGACAAGGCGAAGCGCGCGUUCAACUGGACGAGGAACGGCGCGAAGUGGACAGCUUCAUUGGAGAGGUCUUUAAACCGUUGGAUAACCGUUUGCAAACCGAGAUCUCCGUCCUGCGCAAGUCCUACGAUGCGGCUCUUAAUCAGCUCGACCGCGAACAAAAAGGCAAAGCUGUGGCUCACGAACAGUGCAGCCCGUUUGGCACUAUCAAGAUGGUCAAUGAAAUUCACAACAAGCUUGAGAUUCGAUUCCAAAAGCGCCUAGAGCUUGCCCUGGACUGUGAGCGGCGCCGGAAAAAGGCUGAGCGGCGCCCACUGGUGGUUAUUGGUGAUACGUUUGGGCUCCGACAACUCGACGGAGACUUUGACCAGAUGGAGAAACGGAAUAUUCUGGAAGCGGCCCGGGACCGCGACGACCGAGCCAACCGGCUUAUGGAUUCCUUCGAUGGAGCAAUUCUUCACGGCCUAGGUAUGAAUCAAAGUCUCCUAGACGCGCUCGCCGCAAAGGCAGCCCAACUGGACUUCGCAACCCUCCGCUCCUCUUCUGAACUCCCGGAUUCUGAAGUUGAACAGAUCCUCAAGUCCGUGGCGAAAUUUGCCGCGCGGCUUCGCGCCGACUCCGAAGAGAUUCUACACAAAUUCGGAGAUGCAGGCAUGGCUCUCAACGAUGCGGACUACGACGUCUCCGUCGCCGAAGCGUGGUAUGCAAACUCGGACCCCGAUGUAUUUCAACGGUUGGAUGCUGAAAAACAAAAAGAGGACCGCAAAAUUCAGAACGACACCCGCGCCAGGCUGGAAAGUAUUCGGAAAUGCCCCGCCCAGAUUGAGACGACAAUUGUGCAUCUUUUGCAGUCUCUGGGGGAAACCUCCGCCGCCCCCGCCGAAGAAGUGAACGUGAACAGGCAAGGCAGCUCGUCACCACUCCAGCUCAGCCUGGAUCACCAAGACAGGUUGCGGAAGGCGCUGCCCAAUGCGAAGCGGCGCAAUGCAGCUCGACACAACACUUGA